UAGAAUCUAACCAAUCAAAUGCUAAUCUAAACAAUUUUAAGCCAAUCAGCGAUCAGCUAUUGUUGUCACUACAAGUUGUUGCAGUGGUUGUUGUUGUGGUCGUCGGGCGUGACGUAAGACAUGGAGAGAGAGAGAGAGUUAAAGAGAGAGUCAGUCAGUGAUUGUAUAACUGAUCCGACAUUUUCAUUGUGUGUUUGUUUUGUUGUCUUUCAAGUCGUUUAUAAAAUAUAUAUAUUUUUAAUUAUCAUCGGUUGACCCGAAAGUUGUCCGAUAUUUAAUUUUUUUUGACCACAAAAAAGUGUCUCAUAAAACACUCGGUGAACACAAUAUGAGUGACAAUCAAUCGCUGGUCGAUGUCUUCAAAUGGGAACAAAACACCAUCCAAGAGAUGUAUGAUUUACCGUUUGAGGACAUGGACAGUACGGACGGACAGUUCGUGUCGGACUCUAUCCGUAUAAACCAACUGACGGUUCCUGUUCUACCAUCAGUGGCGGCGACAGUGAUAGCGGCUACGGUUUUAUCAGUACCGACUACUGGUCAAGUGGUGGUGGCGGCGGCCACUAAACGCGCUAACGAUAUAUUAGCCGACACCAUAAACUCUAAACUACCCGAACUUUGCGAGUCUAGUACUUCAAUACUUACCAAAGCGGACAAUAGCAGCAAACAGUCAAAAGCCGUCGGUAUUGUUGCUGCUGAUGCUGACAAUACCAUCGAAGACCAGCGUAUCGAAGACUUGUUUGACGCUCCGUUGGCCGGCCAGGAGAUUGAGAUACAAGUCGCAGACGUUGUUGUCCGACGAGGCAGAGGACGACCAGCACUUCCAGUUGAAGAAAGGUUAAAGCGAAAGAAAAAGAGAGAAAAGGAGGCGUCAGCCAAACAUCGGCUCAAACUGAAGGCCGAUAAACAAAAAAAUGAAUCAAUUUAUUCAUUCCAAGAGAAUAAAAAUCCCCGAUUGAAGGACAAACUGACAGCACUUAAGCAGGAAAUCAUGAAUUUUCACAAGUGUUUGAUGGCCAACAUUGCCGCCGAUCGAUAUCAGCUAAAAGCUAACGAUAAGAAACGAGUGGACAAUAUUAUUAAGAUGUUGACUGACUAAUCAAUUAUUAUUAUUAUUAUUAUUAUUAUUAUUAUUAUUAUUAUUAUUAUUAUUAUUCAU